CUGGGGCGUGUCGGGGAGGUUCCGCUGUGGAGGCGUGGAUGUGGAGGUGGCUCUGGGAUAUCCUUUCGGCUGUGGUUUGACUGGGCUGAGGGAAACCCUACCCGAGACCUUUCUGGGCCCUGCGUCUUGCCUUCGUGCUGAGGAGGCCUCGUUCUUGAAAUCGGGCCUGACCCGGAGAAGCCCCAGUUGGCAAGAGGGGCCCUCAGUUGAGGAACUGCUUCCAUCAGAUUGGCCUGUGGACAUGUGUUGUGGGCAUUUUCUCAACUGCUAAUUGACCCAGGAGGACCCAUGUCAUUGUGGAUGGUACCAUCCCCAGGUAAUUGGUACUUGAUUCUACAGGUCAGGAAGAAUUAGUUUUUCAUGAAGAUUGAUUAACUCUACUGGAUAUGCUGCUGUUUUUUGCCUUGGGACUGCUCGUACAUUUUGUGUUCUUUGCCUCUAUCUUUGACAUUUAUUUUACGUCUCCAUUGGUUCAUGGAAUGACACCUCAAUUCACACCAUUGCCUCCUCCAGCAAAAAGACUUGUAUUAUUUGUUGCUGAUGGCCUAAGAGCAGAUGCACUUUAUGAAUUAGAUGAAGAUGGAAAGUCUAGAGCACCAUUUAUUAGAGAUGUCAUAAUGCAUGAAGGCAGCUGGGGAAUAUCUCAUACACGUGUGCCAACAGAAUCUCGGCCUGGUCAUGUAGCCCUGAUCGCCGGGUUUUAUGAAGAUGUCAGUGCAGUUGCCAAAGGAUGGAAGGAAAAUCCUGUAGAGUUUGACUCUCUUUUUAAUGAAAGCAAGUACACAUGGAGCUGGGGAAGCCCAGAUAUCUUGCCUAUGUUUGCCAAAGGUGCUAGUGGUGACCAUGUUUAUACAUAUAGUUAUGAUGCUGAAAAAGAGGAUUUUGGUGCCCAUGAUGCUACAAAACUGGAUACCUGGGUCUUUGAUAAAGUUCAGGACUUCUUUCAUUCUGCCAGAAACAACCAGUCUUUGUUCUCUAAAGUAAAUGAAGAAAAGGUUGUUUUUUUCUUACAUUUAUUAGGAAUAGAUACAAAUGGCCAUGCUCACCGACCAUCAUCAAGGGAAUAUAAGGACAAUAUUAAAAAAGUUGAUGGUGGAGUGAAAGAAAUCGUGUCAACAUUUAAGCAUUUUUAUGGAGAUGAUGGGAAAACAGCAUUUAUCUUUACUUCUGACCAUGGAAUGACAGACUGGGGUUCCCAUGGGGCUGGUCACCCUUCAGAGACUUUAACUCCUUUAGUUGCUUGGGGAGCUGGAAUCAAAUAUCCACAAAAAGUAUCAGCUCAGCAAUUUGAUGACGAGUUUUUGAAAGAAUGGAAAUUGGAAAACUGGAAGAGACAAGAUGUUAAUCAGGCUGAUAUUGCACCCUUGAUGGCUUCCCUUAUUGGUGUUCCCUUUCCUCUUAAUUCAGUGGGAACCCUUCCUGUGAAUUACCUUAACAACACUGAUCUUUUCAAAGCAGAGAGCAUGUUUACCAAUGCUGUACAGAUUCUUGAACAGUUCAAGGUAAAAAUGACUCAGAAAAAAGAAGUUACUUUACCGUUUUUGUUUACACCAUUUAAGUUGCUCUCUCAUUCCAAACAGCUGGACAUUUUAAGAAGAGCAAGAUCUUACAUAAAGCAAGAAAAAUUUGUUGAAGUAGUCUCCCUUUGUGAGGAGCUGAUUGAGCUUGCAUUGAAGGGAUUGUCCUAUUACCACACUUAUGACAGAUUCUUCUUGGGUAUCAAUGUUGCUGUUGGUUUUGUGGGAUGGACAUCUUAUGCUUCUUUGUUGAUCAUCAAGUCUCAUUCUAAUCUUACAAGAGGUGCGAGUAAAGAAGUUAAGAAGCCACACCAUCUCCUGCCAUGUAGCUUUGCAGCUAUCAGUGUUUUAGUAUCAUGCUUCCUGCUGAUUCAAGCCUGUCCCUGGACUUAUUAUGUGUAUUGUUUGCUGCCAGUGCCAAUAUGGUAUGCAGUUCUAAGAGAAUUUCAAGUUAUUCAAGACCUUGUCAAAUCACUGUCAGCUUUUCCUCUGAGCCAUUUUGUUGGCUAUGUGCUUAUAUUUACUUUGGGAAUUGAACUAUUAGUUCUCAGUUUCUUCUACCGCUACAUGCUGACAGCUGGACUGAUUGCAUUUGCGGCUUGGCCGUUUCUCACUCAGCUGUGGACCCGAGCAAAGAUCACGUCCUUGAGUUGGACUUUCUUCUCAUUGCUUCUGGCAGUGUUCCCACUGAUGCCUGUUGUGGGUCGGGAGCCAGAUCUCUCGCUAGUAAUGGGUGCUGGCUUGCUGGUACUCCUGCUCUCCCUGGUUGUUGUAACAACUCUCAUAAAAAGAAAAAUUACUUUCAUAAAGGAAGAGCUACUGGUACAUCUGUUACAGAUGCUGAGUACAGUGCUUUCCAUGUAUGUUGUUUACAGCACCCACAACAGCCUACUUAAGAAACAAGGACUGCCGCUUAUAAAUCAAAUUGUGAGCUGGGCAACAUUAGCCUCUUCCUUGGUUGUACCGCUGCUGAGUUCCACCAUUCUCUUCCAGCGACUGUUCAGUAUACUUCUUUCCUUGAUGUCGACCUAUUUGCUCCUAAGCACAGGGUAUGAAGCUCUCUUUCCUUUGGUGUUGUCAUGCUUGAUGUUCAUCUGGAUAUACAUGGAGCAAGAAACCCUACAACAGUCUGGUGUUUCCUGUAAGCAGAAGCUCACCAGUAUCCAGUUCUCCUGCAAUACUGACAUAGCUCAAUUUCGACAGCUCUAUCUGGAUGACAUCCGUAGGGCAUUUUUCCUUGUUUUCUUCUUAGUGACAGCAUUUUUUGGAACUGGAAAUAUAGCUUCUAUUAACAGUUUUGACCUUGCUUCUGUGUAUUGCUUUCUGACGGUGUUUAGUCCUUUCAUGAUGGGAGCUCUGAUGAUGUGGAAGAUCUUAAUUCCUUUUGUUCUUGUGAUGUGUGCUUUUGAAGCAGUUCAGAUAACUACACAGUUGUCAUCAAAGGGCCUUUUCCUCAUUGUUCUCGUCAUAUCAGACGUCAUGGCUUUGCAUCAGCCACUACGUGAUUGUCAUGUCCAUGACCAUCUUUCUGGUGUUUCUCAAUGGCCUGGCACAGCUGCUCACAACAAAGAAACUCAGACUGUAUGGCAAACUCAAAAGUCAUUUCAUGUGAUGUUGGUGAAGUCAUCAGCCAGCACCUAUAUCUGGUUUUGUUUUCUAAAGAAAAGUCCCACCAGGGAUUCCAGAGGAUGGAUUCUGGACCAGCAAGAUGGCUCAGACGGUAAAAGGCUUGUCGUGCAAGAUUGACAACCUGAGUUCAAUUCCCGGAACCUGUGGUGAAAGAAGACAAUGGAAAAUGGAAUGUUGUCCUCUGACCUUCACAUGCACAAUGUGGUACAAGUUCCUACACAUCAUAUACACAUGCAAUAAUAAUAAAGGUUUUGGAAAGUGGAUAUUAAUAUGCAGUAUA